GGGGUUUUCCCCCUGACAUCGUCCUCUGAACUGACCUAAUGCGCAUGCGUAAAAUGGCGACGAUGCAAAGUUCUCUUCCUCUCUGACUUCGUUGUCGAUGAACAUUUCUUUCCCUUCUGGUUUGUAGAACCCCGUUUCGUGUCUAAAAGACUUAAACAUGCGUUACGUGGCUGCAUACCUUCUGGCUACCCUUGGCGGUAAUGCCAGCCCUUCGCUGAAGGACAUCAAGGCCAUUCUGGCCAGCGUCGGUAUCGAUUGCGACGAUGCCAUGGCACAGACCGUCAUCAAGAAUUUGGCUGGUAAGGACGUCAAUGAGGUGAUCGCAGCUGGAUCUUCCAAGUUGGCCUCUGUACCAUCCGGUGGCGCUGCUCCCGCCGCUGCUGCCCCAGCUGCUGCUGCCGAGGAGAAGAAGGAAGUAAAGAAGGAGGAGGAGAAGGAGGAAGAGGAGUCCGACGAUGACAUGGGAUUCGGUCUUUUCGAUUAAUUAUUUCAUGGAUCAUCAUCAAUCCUAUUAAAAAUCUUCCCAUCUCAUCCAAA